AUGUUCUAUAUACACGCUCCGAAGCACUACGUUCACAGACAACCCAUCCGCAGACCACCGUUAGAAUUACCACAUAGAAUGAGGAUGUGCUGGGCAGCUUUCGCUCUUGAUGCCGAGGAGAGCGGCUGGGAUGAUUUCGUUGCAAGUCGCAAAAGCAUUUCUAGUUCUCCGUCGUUAUCUGUUUCGAAUGAACCCAUCACCGCCACCACUACAACCACCACUACAGUAGUCUCCGCUACACAAUCGCCCACGACCCCGACGUCUACAUCGAUACCCGGAGCCGAGUCUCACUUAUGGACCAGCUCGACGACCACCUUUGAACCCGCUACAGAAUGGCAGAAAGAUGUCGGCGCUACUUUCCCGUCUGAGCCCGUUAUUGUCGAUAUUGAUGACGGUGAUGUGGAUGUGGAUAUGGAUAUGGUGAUGGAUAUGGAUGUUGAUAUUGAUGUAUCGCAUCACGAUAUUAUGAUGUCUACGUUGACCACUACCACGACCACCACAACUCAGACGGUUGUUACACCAUCUGAGCAGCAAGAGUGGAGGAAUACGAUUGAUGCGCAGGUUGAAGAAGGAAGGAAGCAGUUGGAGAUGACGACGAUUCAGAUCGAAAGGAUAGAGGAGGUUAUCAAACCUGCCAAGAGGUAUAUUCCGACGAAGAUCACUGCGUAUUUUCCUAGUUCGCCGGUGUUGAGUAUUCCUGUACACCUACGGCCUAGUUCGGCAGAUAUUAUUGUUUCUACUUCGAAGAGUAGGAGGAAUAGUUUGAAGCAGUUGGAGGCUGGGGAGAUAAAUGAAGAGGAGGAGGAGAGGAAACAGAGGGAGUUGUUGGAGGAGUUGGCUAGGAGUUUGAGUUCGGUGAGUAUCAGGACUACUAGGUCGACUAGGACGCAGACUAGUACUCAGAUGGUCAAGGGGAAGCCUCCACCGAUUGGUAUUGGGAUGAUGAUGGGUUUCAAGAGUGUUAAGAGUGAGAGUGCGAGUACUUCGCCGAGGUUGAAGGGGAAGGAGGUGGAUUUUAGUAUGGCGCCAACGAAGAUUACUAAGAGAGGGGUGAUUACUGGCGCUAGAGGCGGUGCUAUUACUGGGCGAGGAAGAGGAGCGGUUAUGAAGAGGAGGAACUCGGGAGGAAGUUAUCGUGGUGAGACUAUCAGCUUGUAG